GAACCUUUUCCUGAAGCUAUAAGAACCCUACGCCGCCUCCAUUCUGAGAAGCCGGAAAAGGAGAAGUCGCCAUGGUUCACGUUAGCUUCUACAGGAACUAUGGGAAGACAUUCAAGAAACCCAGGCGUCCCUACGAGAAGGAACGGCUGGACGCGGAGCUGAAGCUGGUUGGGGAGUACGGGCUUCGGUGCAAGAGGGAGCUGUGGAGGGUUCAGUAUGCUCUGAGCAGGAUCAGGAAUGCGGCGAGGGAGCUUCUGACGCUGGAUGAGAAGAAUCCGAAGCGGAUAUUUGAGGGGGAGGCUCUUCUUCGCCGGAUGUUUCGAUACGGGCUUUUGGAGGAGGGGCAGAACAAGCUCGACUAUGUCUUAGCUCUUACUGUGGAGAACUUCCUGGAGCGCAGGCUGCAAACCCAGGUCUUCAAGUCUGGAAUGGCGAAGUCCAUUCACCACGCUAGGGUUCUAAUCAGGCAGCGCCAUAUUCGGGUUGGAAGGCAGGUGGUGAAUAUUCCCUCAUUCAUGGUGAGGGUUGAUUCUGCAAAACACAUUGAUUUUUCGCUCACCAGUCCUUUCGGCGGCGGCCGCCCUGGGAGAGUCAAGCGGAAGAACCAGAGAGCUGCAGCUAAGAAGGCUGCUGGUGGUGAUGCUGAAGAAGAAGACGAAGAAUAGAACUGAGAUGUUUGUCUCGUGAGCCUUCAACUUACUUCUCCAUUAUUACAUUUUCAUCCCAUUUUUGGGUGAUUUUAUGCUUUCAACCUGUGAAUUGUUUGGAUGGAUAAGGAUUUUGCGGGUCCACUUUCAUUUCUCUUUGCAGUUAUUUCCAGGAUUUGCGAUAAAUUUUUGGGUUAUGAUAUUUUAACUACUGAGUUAUGAGGAGUUUAUGUUUUACUUAUUUUGAAGCAAA